AUGUCCUUCGGUACAGCCGACGAGUGGACAAUUCCCGAAGACCAGGCACUGCCCGUCCUCAAGCAUGCUUUCGACAGAGGCAUCAACACAUGGGACACCGCUGAUGUCUAUUCCUUCGGCGAGUCAGAGCGCAUCGUGGGCAAAGCUCUCAAGACGUACAACAUCCCUCGCGAGCGGGUGGUCAUCUUGUCCAAAUGCUACGCCGGCAUUCCGAACCCGGGCGAUCUGGAUGGUUUAUCAGAGCAGGAGCGAGUGGCUUACAUGGGGAUCAACGGCGGCAUCAUGGUGAACCGCAUCGGGCUGUCUCGCAAGCACAUCUUUGACGCCGUGGAUGCCAGCCUCGAACGACUCGGCACGUAUCUGGAUGUUCUCCAGAUCCACCGACUCGAUCGCGACACGCCCCGGGAAGAAAUCAUGCGGGCGCUCAACGACGUGGUGGAAAGUGGGAAGGUCCGCUAUCUCGGCGCAAGCUCGAUGAAUGCCUGGGAGUUCCAAGCCCUGAAUCACAUCGCCGAGAAAAACGGCUGGCACAAAUUCAUCAGCAUGCAAGACCACUAUUCGCUUCUGCAUCGCGAAGAAGAACGCGAGAUGAUCCCGUACUGCCGUGACGCGGGCAUCGGCUUGAUCCCUUGGUCGCCGCUGGCGCGUGGCCUUCUGACGCGCCCGUACAAAGCACAGCCGACGGUGCGUCAGGCGAGCGAUGUCUAUACGCAAUUCAUGAUCGGCCCGACUACAGACACGGACAUUGCCAUUAUCAACCGAGUGGAGGAGAUGGCGAAAUCUAAGGAUUGCAGCAUGGCCCAGAUCGGUAUCGCGUGGUGCUUGAAGAAGGGCGUCAACCCUAUUGUUGGAUUGUCCAGCACUGGUAGAGUGGACGAGGCUGCGCAGGCUGUAACGCUGUUUGAAGAGGGCUUUCUGAGUGAUGAAGAUGCCAAGCACCUGGAUGAGUUGUAUAUUCCCAAGCUGCCUACCGGUUGGUAA